CCAGAAAAAAAAUAGCUUACUCAGUCUUUGCUUUGCAAAUAAAUCUUAUUUGUUCUGUUUAAUAUUUACCAGUGGACAUUAACUUAAUACUGCCCAACAAAAUGAAGAAUAGGAAAGAAGCACCGUGAAAGAGAAGUCCAGCGCUAACUGCUCAGAAGGAAAAUGAAGUCAGCAUUGUAUUUGUGUUUGUUGCUUCUUGCACUUCAAGUCCAGGGUAAACCUACAUCCAACCUCAAUGAUGAACAGCAGGAGCAAAAAACACCCCAUUCCCCAGAAGACCAGGCUGAAGAUGAAAACUUGCCCCAUGUCAAGAUAGCCCCCGGCAAUGCUGACUUUGCAUUUAGGUUUUACAAGCAUGUCAGAGAUGAGGUGGGCAACAAGAACAUUUUCUUCUCUCCUUUGAGCAUCUCUACUGCCUUUGCAAUGCUCUCCCUGGGGGCCAGAUCAAACACGCUCAAUCAGCUGCACAAAGGCCUUGCCUUCAACCUCACAGAGCUGGAGGAGAAAGAGAUCCAUGACGGAUUUCAGCGUGUUCUCCAACUGCUGAAUGACCCUCACCGAGAAGUCCAGUUGAGCAUGGGCAAUGCCCUGUUCAUAGAUGAUCGACUGAAACUGCUCCAAAAAUUUUUGGAUGAUGUCACAAACUUUUAUUAUUCUGAAGCUAUUUCCAGUGACUUCCAGAAUUCUCCAGAGGCUACGAAGGAAAUCAAUAAGUAUAUAGAAACAAAAACGCAUGGGAAAAUUGUUGAUUUAGUCAAGGAGCUUGAUGAAGGAACCCUGAUGGUUCUAGUCAACUACAUUUUCUUUAAAGGCUACUGGGAAAAACCUUUCAACAAUUUGUCCACCAGAGACGAUGACUUCUUCUUGGAUGCCAAGAAUUCUGUUAAGGUCAAAAUGAUGCAUCAAAGCAAAGCCUUUAAUAUCCAUAGGGAUGAGAAGAUGUCUUGCUGGGUAGUAGAACUCCCAUACAAGGGAAAUGCUGUUGCAUUGUUUCUUCUGCCUGAUGAAGGGAUGAUGAAGCAGGUGGAGGACGCUUUGCUAAAAGAAACAGUGUCUAACUGGAUGCAAUCACUUACAAUGAGGAGAAUCUAUCUGGACCUUCCAAAAUUCUCUAUCUCUGGCUCCUAUGAUGUUAAGAACCUCUUCGAGAAAAUGGGUGUGACAGAGGUGUUCAGUGACCAGGCUGAUCUCUCUGGAAUUGCAGAAAUUUCUCAGCUGAUGGUUUCCAAAGCAAUUCACAAGGCCGUGGUGGAUGUCAGUGAGAAUGGCACAGAGGCUGCUGCAGCGACCCUGAUGGAAAUUGUAGCAAUGUCUGCACCAUUUCCUCCUCCUCUUCACAUCAGAUUCAAUAGGCCCUUCCUGAUGAUAAUUGUGGACAAAACCACCCACAGCAUCCUCUUCAUGGGGAAAAUUGUGAACCCAGCUGUCAAGGAAGACUAGUCCAGAGCACUUGCACUUCCCAGUGCAGAGAAGAGAGCUUGGGCACAUCCCAGCCACUUCUUUGCAAAAAGGGACUAGAAUUGAUCCCUAUUUAACAAAUAAAUAAAUUUUACCUGAGGUUAUUCUUCAGUUACAAACAGGCAGCUGGGGACAAGCUUGAGUGGGCCAUGUUUAUAAAAUGACCCAGGCCAAAUAGGCAUCCUUGGGAUCUUCAACUGAGAAACAUUUCUCUACCUUGCUCACUCAACUCUAGUGCCACAAUCCUCUUCAUGCAGAUAAACCUUCCUGCUCCUUGCUAAGAAACUCUCUGUGUCUCCCAUUUUCUGCAUAGCAAGUCAUUAUCUCAGAAACCACAAAUUUAUCCCCUUCAGCUGAGAAACAAUCCUUUCCCUCCCUCUCAUUCCACUGUGAAUCCCAGAAGUCUCCUUCAUCUUUUAAGUCCUUCCAGGGUUCAGUGGCUAAAAGAAAACAGAAAUAUAGGCCUGCUAAACCUUUCCUCUCCUGGAUGGUAGAUGCUCCUGGGUAAAGAAUAAUCCUUUUCCUUCCAGCUUGACAACUGCCUCCUACCAGCUCCAAGCCCUUGCUCCCAUCUCCAUUCCUCGUUAGUUGCUCCAGAGUAAGGGGCCCAAUUUUUCUGGCAGGGCAAGAAUUUAGUUUCUGUGUCAGCGAAAGCUGCACAUCAUUGUAGCAAUGGCCAUCCUAAGUGGUCUUGUGCAUGUACAGUAAAUCCUGGGCUCCCUAGGAGAACUGGAUGUGGCAAAAACCAUCUUCUGGUUCCCAAAAUUGGUGACAGCGGCCUGGGAGGUCAUGCCUUCAUUGUCCCAAAGCCAGUUAAUCAUGUUCAUCCUCCUCCCCUCUUCUGCAAACUUAGGCUUGUGAGUGUCUCCAAGAGAUUCCUCUCCAUUAAGCUGAUGUUCAGGGUGCAACAAGGUGACUCUGACACUUUCCUGAGCAUUGAGCAAGCAGAAGCUAGUGUUUCCAGCAGCACGAUGUGAAUGGAGAGCUGUGCUGCAGCAGAUUAAUUUAGUUUACUGCCAAUUUAAAAUAAAGUAGGACAAUAAUAAACAAAAACAUAGUUAAAAACA